AUGUCUUUAUGCCUUACAAGGCUAUUUCACAUGAAAGUCAACAGAUGUCAAAAAAAAUUUUCUCAUGCUCCGCAUCAUUCAGAGAAGAGAAUUGGUGAACAAGCUGAAAAAAGACGAAAGAAAGAAGCUGAGAAAGAAGCUGAUGAGGAACUUGCCAGAGACAUUUUAGACUAUAGUAAUGAGUGUGAUAGUGAGUGCAAUAGUGAGUACAAUAGUGAGUGCGAUAGUGAGUAUGAUAGUAAGUGCGAUAGUGAGUAUGAGUGCAAUGAAGUUGAAAGCGAGAAGGAGGUUGAUGAAGAAACAAUAAUUACUACACUUACAUGGAAAGAAAACGAAAAGAAAAACCCAAGAAUCAUAAGAGGAUUACCGAAAUCGAUAUAUUAUUAUAAGUUUGGUGCUUCUGGUACACUAGCAAGUUCUGCCAAAGGGACCUAUAAAAUCACUGAUUUUUUAAACCUGCAAGGUUACUCUUCAGUACCCAUGACUUUUUGGGCAAGUGAAUUUUUUAGUGAGUCCACAGCUUACUCUUCAUUGUCUCAAGUAAAUUGGCCUUCUUAUGAGCUUUCAGCAUCUACAGAUUUAGCAUCUUUUGCUGAAUCUGAUGUAGAAGAAACAUUUUUUACAUUAGAUGAAAGAAUCAAACAACUUAGAGAGGAUCUAAUGAACAAUGAACGAACGUUCACUGUUAGUGAAUAUAAUGAGCGACAGUUGGCUUAUAAGUAUCUUGUACGGUUAGGUGGCAGUGUUGAAAAAAUGGAAGCAAGUAAAGAAGCCACACAUAUUACUAGCAUCUCUCCCAAACCAUAUACAGCCCAAAGAAUUCGGUUUUUGGCUGAAUUUUAUUUAUAUCAUGGUUCAUUUCUGAUUACACAACGUGAAUCAGAUGCAAAUGGUAUUAGUUCAUCUCGUUUUAUGCAGUAUGUAAAUAAUGUUAUUUUACCUAAAGAAUACAAAAAGAGAAUAUAUGUAAAUGGUCACGAAAGAGAGGACAUUGUAGCGUAUAGAAGGACUUUUUUAGAAAAAAUGAGAAUAUUAGAACAAAGAAUGGCAACAUAUAAAGGGGAAGCAAUGGUAAAAAUUCCGCCAGUUCUAAAUAGAGGGGAAAAAGAGUUAAUUUUUAUAACUCAUGAUGAAUGUAUAUUUUACUCGAAUGAUGGGAAGAAAAAAAUUUGGGUACCCAAUGGUGAGAUGCCAUUACGAAAAAAGGGAGAUAGAAGACCAAUAAUGGUGAGCGAAUUUAUUUUAGGAGAGUGUGGUCAGUUAAAACUAUCUAAUGAUGAGAUAAGGAUGCACCUGAACAUUCCUGUAGAGGCACAUUCAACAACUUAUGUUGAUGCUAAUGGAAAUCAACAAGCCCAGAGUAUGGUAUUUGAUAAGGAUUAUGAGGAUCUGACUAUGUGGGGAAAGCCGAAGAGAAUAAAAAUAAUAUUGCAAGAAAGAGGACUUUGGAGGAAAAGGUUGCACUUAGAAUGUAAAUUUUGUAAGAAUAAAGAAUCACGAAAUGAUUCUUUAUGGGUAGACUGCUGUGCAAGAAAGGUUAUAGCUUCCCAACCAGAUUUUGUUGUACAAAAAUCUGCUGUUGUGGAAUUAAUAGAAAACGCUGAUCAUUUGUGCAUUUUUUAUCCAAAGUUUCACUGUGAACUUAAUUUUAUUGAGAUGUAUUGGGGUGCAGCCAAGUUCUAUGCAAGAAAUCACUGCGACUACUCUUGGGCUGGUCUACAAAAAACUGUUCCGCAAGCACUUGACUCCGUUGAUGUUGUGACAAUUAGAAGGUUUGCCAGAAAAUCCUGA